AUGACGGGGAUGACGGAAGAGUAUCACCAUCACAUGGACGGAAAGCGGGACGACGACGGCGGGGCUGUAGAGUAUAGCGAAGACCUCCGUGACGGGGAUGGCGAUCCUGGGGAGGACGGAUACGAAGACGACGGGUCCGGCGAGCCGUUAGAGCCGGAAAUCGUGGGAGUUCCGACGUAUGACGGGGCGUAUACGCAGUAUAACAUUUAUGGGAAUAUGUUUGAGGUUACUGCGAAGUAUGUGCCGCCUAUUCGGCCAAUCGGUCGUGGAGCCUACGGAAUUGUGUGUUCGGCCAUCAACUCGGAGACUCAGGAGGAGGUGGCGAUCAAGAAGAUUGCGAACGCCUUUGACAACCGGAUCGACGCCAAGAGAACGCUGAGGGAGAUCAAGCUGCUGCGACACAUGGACCACGAGAACGUGGUGGCCAUAAGGGACAUCAUUCCCCCUCCAGCGCGAGAUACAUUCAACGAUGUCUACAUCGUGUAUGAGCUCAUGGACACGGACCUGCAUCAGAUCAUUCGAUCUAACCAGCAACUGACGGAAGAUCACUGCCAGUACUUCCUGUACCAGCUCCUCCGCGGUCUCAAGUACGUGCACAGCGCCAAGGUGCUUCACCGCGACCUCAAGCCCUCCAACCUGCUGCUCAACGCCAACUGCGAUCUCAAGAUCUGUGACUUUGGGCUCGCCAGAUCGGCAGAGGAGAGUGACUACAUGACAGAGUAUGUGGUAACCAGAUGGUACCGCGCUCCAGAGCUGCUGCUCAACAGCAAGGCGUACACGGCAGCCAUCGACCUGUGGUCCGUGGGGUGCAUCUUCAUGGAGCUGCUGAAUCGUGAGCCGCUGUUCCCCGGCAAGGACUAUGUGGACCAGCUGCGCCUCAUCACCUCCAUCAUCGGUUCCCCGGAUGAUUCAGACAUCUCUUUCCUGGAGAGUGACAAUGCCCGUCGCUACGUGCGCUCGCUGCCCUUUGUGCGCAAGCAGCCCCUCGCCGCGCGCUUCCCCAACAUGGCGCCCCUGGCGUUGGAUCUGAUGGAGAGGAUGCUUCUGUUCGACCCCGCCAAGCGCAUCACAGUGGAGGAGAGUCUAGACCACCCCUACCUGGCAAGCCUGCACGACAUCAGCGACGAGCCGGUGUGCCAUGCGCCUUUCACAUUUGACUUUGAGCACCCGGUGCUGCCAGAAGAGACCAUCAAGGACUUGAUAUGGGCCGAAGCCAGGUCUCUCAAUCGCGACUUUUGA